AUUAACACCGCCGACAAAUACGUAUGUUGACAAACACCAAAAUCGUACCCUAACCUCACUUUCAGGCGCAGAUUUUCCUGCGGCGCGGCAUUUGUCACAUUUAUAUUGUGGGGUUACAUCGGACAUGUAAUGUCUUGUCGGCAUAAUAAUUUGAAAAAUGCAAUAAUUUUUCGACAUAUUUUGUUGGAAAAAUAAAUUUAUUUAAUUUACUAACUUUACCCUCUAGCGUGUGUUAUAAUCUGUAACUUUUGUUUACAUAACCUUAGAAUGAAGAUUUUCGCUCUUAAUUUUUUCAGUCGAAAUUUCUAAAAUGUGUAAAGUGUUAGUGUCGAAGUAUGGGAACUGAUGCACGCUACGUAAAUGGCGCAUGUCUACAGAAGAUGUCUUACCAACGCCUUCAAUACAUAUUCGUUAGGACUUAUAUGCAUAUUGUUCCUCGCUGUUGUUAUACUGAGUUAUAAAUUAUUAUCAAGGGAUGAUUGUGGUAUUGGUAUCUCCGUUCACGAAGGCUUUCAGUAUAAAAAGCCAGCACAUGAGGAAACCGACAGUGUCGGGCAUCAUAAACUGGCCGUACUUGUUCCCUUCCGAGAGAGGUUCGAAGAAUUAUUGAUAUUUGCGCCCUACAUGAAAGAUUUCCUGAACGGCCAAAACAUAAAUCAUCGCGUGUUUAUACUAAAUCAGAUUGAUAAUUACAGAUUCAAUAGGGCCUCGCUGAUAAACGCGGGGUUUUUAUUAACCAAAAACGAUUUUGAUUACAUUGCCAUGCACGACGUCGACUUGCUGCCGUUAAAUCACCAACUGAAAUAUUCGUAUCCCGAGCAACCGUUUCACUUGGCAGCACCGGAACUGCACCCUCGCUAUCACUAUGCCAAAUUCAUUGGCGGUAUUCUACUUAUAAACCGAGACCAUUUUGAAUUAGUGAAAGGACUCUCCAAUAGAUAUUGGGGCUGGGGAUUGGAAGACGACGAAUUCUAUGUACGUUUGAAGGACGCUAACUUGGAGAUUCGCAGGCCGAGUAACUUAGCAACAAACGUUACAAAUACUUUUAAACAUCUGCAUCAUAAGGCCAGAAAGAGAGACACUGUCAAGUGUUACAACCAAAGGGAAGUGACGAGGAAACGAGACAGACAGACCGGACUCCAUGAUGUCAAGUUCCACGAAGCCGGGCGAAAAGAACUGACAAUUGAAGGAGCGCCACUGACCGUUAUAAAUAUACAGUUGUUCUGCGAUAGGAACACCACUCCCUGGUGCGAUUGCUCCGAAAGCGGAAAAUAACUUACCCGAAAAGUUUUCGUUAGUACGCUCGCAAAAAACUUUUGCUCUCUGAGUGUGUCAUAGUCAUUUGUUUUUAACGCUAUUGUUUUUUUAUUAGUAAUAUAGGAUU